UUCCUCUUGGGGUCUAGACCCGGGCUACUGGACUACCAACAGUUCCUCCAGGGGUCUAGACCCGGGCUACUGGACUACCAACAGUUCCUCCUGGGGUCUAGACCCGGGCUACUGGACUAGACCCGGGCUACUGGACUAUACCAACAGUUCCUCCAGGGGUCUAGACCCGGGCUACUGGACUACCAACAGUUCCUCCAGGGGUCUAGACCCGGGCUACUGGACUACCAACAGUUCCUCCAGGGGUCUAGACCCGGGCUACUGGACUACCAACAGUUCCUCCAGGGGUCUAGACCCGGGCUACUGGACUACCAACAGUUCCUCUUGGGGUCUAGACCCGGGCUACUGGACUACCAACAGUUCCUCCAGGGGUCUAGACCCGGGCUACUGGACUACCAACAGUUCCUCCAGGGGUCUAGACCCGGGCUACUGGACUACCAACAGUUCCUCCAGGGGUCUAGACCCGGGCUACUGGACUACCAACAGUUCCUCCUGGGGUGUAGACCCGGGCUACUGGACUACCAACAGUUCAUCCAGGGGUAUAGACCCGGGGCUACUGGACUACCAACAGUUCCUCCUGGGGUCUAGACCCGGGCUACUGGACUACCAACAGUUCCUGAGAGAAUGUUCUUGGGGUCUAGACCCGGGCUACUGGACUACCAACAGUUCCUCCUGGGGUCUAGACCCGGGCUACUGGACUACCAACAGUUCCUCCUGGGGUCUAGACCCGGGCUACUGGACUACCAACAGUUCCUAA